GGCAGCCCCGGUUCAUCGGCGCCCCUGGCUGGGGUCUGGCUCGGGGGCCGGGCGGUGGGCAGGGCUGCGCGGCGGGGGCCGGGCUUGGCUGCGCUCCCGGCGGGUCGCCCGCAGGAUGGCCGCUGCCCGCGCCGCCGCCCUCGCCUAGUCUCCGCCAGUCCAUCCGCGAGCGGCUCGGGCCCGAUGCGCGCGGCCCCGGGGCCGGCCGGGAGCUGCGCUGAGCGGCGGGAUGGCGCGGCCCGCGGAGAGGUGCCAGGCCGACUGGCGGGAGCUGGAGGAGGAGUUCCAGCAGCUGCAGGAAACGCACAAAAUCUACAAACAAAAACUAGAAGAGCUGAACAACUUGCAGUCAGCCUGUAGCAGCUCUAUACAGAAGCAGAAGAGGGGCUUACAGGACUUGCAAUACAGUUUUCAAAGAUGUAAACGCAACUGUAGCCGGGAUGAAUCAGAACUCAUACAGCAAAUCAACAGCCAGAUCAAAGAGCGGCACAAUGUUUUCUUUGACAUGGAAGCUUACCUGCCAAAGAAAAACGGUUUGUACUUAAAUCUGGUGCUGGGGAAUGUGAAUGUAACGUUGCUAAGUAAACAGGCAAAGUUUGCCUACAAAGAUGAAUAUGAAAAAUUUAAACUAUACUUGACGAUAAUUUUACUCCUUGGGGCAGUCGCUUGCAGAUUUGUUCUCCAUUACCGGGUAACAGAUGAAGUGUUCAACUUCCUCUUAGUUUGGUAUUACUGCACACUGACAAUAAGGGAAAGUAUCCUCAUCAGCAAUGGAUCAAGGAUUAAGGGUUGGUGGGUGUCUCAUCAUUACGUCUCAACUUUCCUAUCUGGUGUGAUGUUAACAUGGCCAGAUGGUCUCAUGUACCAAAUGUUCCGCAACCAGUUUUUAGCAUUUUCAAUUUUUCAAAGUUGUGUCCAGUUUCUACAAUACUACUAUCAAAGUGGCUGCCUUUAUAGACUUCGCACACUGGGAGAAAGAAACCACUUAGAUCUCACAGUGGAGGGAUUUCAGUCGUGGAUGUGGCGAGGACUGACUUUUCUCCUUCCCUUCUUGUUCUUUGGCCAUUUUUGGCAGCUCUACAAUGCUAUCACACUUUUUGAACUGUCAAGACAUAAGGAAUGUAAAGAAUGGCAGGUUUUUGUGCUUGCUCUCACAUUUCUGGUGCUCUUCCUUGGAAACUUCCUCACGACCUUGAAAGUAGUGCACACCAAACUCCAGAAGAAUAAAAUGAAGAAGUUGUGAAAAAGGACCAUGCUUCCAAUGGCUGGAAGUUGGGGUCUGGUUCCUUUGAUUAGACUUAGGUUUUGGACAGACCUCUUGCUUAGCCACUGACUGGCCCUGCAGUAAGCAAAUCACGGCGUAAAUUCCAUCUAUGUUAUGCUACGAUGUCUUCCCCAGCUGACUUAAUUUGCAAGUGCUGCUCUUUCCAGCUGGUAACCCAACUAUUUAUGUUUAACUUAAUCCAACACCCAUUUGGCCUUUCCUGGAAGUACAGCAAAGACCAAACCCUGCUAGGAAAAAGAUGGAUUAUCAAGAGAGAAAGGAAACCACUACCCAGGAAUAAAGCAAGCUUUUGGCUAAAUGCUGUCUCUGAAAUGCCAGGUACUGGAAUCUUGGUUGCCGCUCCAGGCUACUGCAUGGUGCCACUUCUCGAACCCGUGCUCAUUUUGAGACUCCCAUUUCUGAAGCAAGAGGGGCUGUCUGGGGAUUUGGGGCUGCUAGUGGCUCCUCCAGUUGCACACUUGUUGGAAGCACUUUCAGUAGCACAUGAAACAGGUGGAAAGGAUCGUUUGCAUCAUUAUUGUAACCUACUCCAGCUAGACUUGCUUACAAAAAAGCUAAGUAGAAAGUCUCUUGAAAUCCAGUGAAUGGUGUAAUGUCAUGUGCUUCAUUGGCAGAGAUCGAAUGGACGUUUCGUUUACAGCGCUCAAAUCUUGUUUGAGUCCUGGGGUGAGGGGUGGGGAGGGAAAGAAAAUAGCAAAUAAAAGAACUGCCUCAUCCAGGUCA